CCAACCCGCUCUACCCGUACAAGGUCACACGACGACACAUGCACAAGCAAGGAGCGGAGAAGAUCGCCAUCAGGCCGGAGAGACGUCAGCAAUAGACCGCGGCAGUCUUAACGUUCGAAGGCCACAGCCAUGUUUACAAGGAGGAGCGGCGGAGUGUAACCCGCAUGCCUAUCCGCAGGAGUCCUGAUACACUCGGGUGUACCGGCAACAGAGAAACCGCCAACCUCCGCGCUUUUUUUUUUCGUAGCAGAAGUCUCCAGACAGGAAACCUUUCUAAGUACCUAAAGUGUUUUGUUUUUGUUUUUUGUUCUUGUUUUUUUUUAUUUUUUCUUGUUUAACGUCAAUACAAAUCAAUAUUGCAUAACAUAUGCACACACUUGCACAGGCGUAUAUACACGAGUAUAUAUAGAGAGAGACUGCUGGAUCUAUCCCUGGAGGAAGAAUCAGAAACCGAUUGUCAGAUAUUGAGGAAAACUCAUCUUGGACUUGUAGGCCUUGAAGAGUUAAUCCGGACAUUGCUAGUGGUGAAAGAACUUCUUAUUAUAAGAUACAUUUAGCAGAGGCGAUUGCCUUGGGCAAGGGCUUUGCAGUGAAGACAGCUUGCUGGACGGUUUACAGCGUAGCUUCAUCCCAUGAUCAGAGAGCGCUGACAGAGCAUUCCAAUCACAGGUACCUGAAGAACACAUCAUGGCUGCUGAAACACUAAAUUUUGGGCCAGAAUGGCUCCGUGCACUAUCCAGUGGGGGAUCGGUUGCUUCCCCUCCUCCCUCCCCCGCUAUGCCAAAGUAUAAACUGGCGGAGUAUCGCUAUGGAAGAGAGGAGAUGUUGGCACUUUAUAUAAAAGAGAACAAGGUUCCAGAGGAGAUGCAAGACAAGGAGUUUGCUGUGAUUCUAAACGAGGAGCCCCUGCAGCCUCUGGCUCUUCUGCCUCUUACAGAGGAUGAGCAGAGGAACUUCUCGAUGUCGGUGAAUAGCGUCCCAGUCCUGAGGCUGAUGGGAAAGAGUGCAGCUCCACCUACUGCAGGAGCAGCACCCAGAGGUCGUGGCACGGCACGUGGAAGGGGUCGCGGCCGCGGUGAUGCGGCUGUAUUCCCGCGCCCUGCGGAUGAGGCAGAACCCGGAUUUGGACGAGGACGGGAAAUUCACCGGAGUCAGAGCUGGGAUGACAGUAGGAUUCCUCCAGCUGCACAUCCGGACCAGCGGUGUGGUAUUAUGAGCGAGUCGGGACCAGCGGUGCGGUACUCGGAGCCAGGCGGGACGUGCGGUAUUAAGAGCGAGGCGGCACCAGCGAUAAGGGGAGACAGAAGGUUUGAGAAGCCCGUCCGGAGAGAAGCUGUACGAGUCGGGUUUGAGGAAGCCGCCGCUGCACGGAAGGAAUUUGCCCGCUCGGACAGCGAUAACUGGCGCACGUUGCGCGACGGGCAGGAAGAAGACGAGGACGGCAAUUGGAGGCUCGCUGUGUCCCGGAGAGAUGAACGCUGGAGAUCUACCAGUCCCGGAGGAACAGAGGGUCCUCGCUCCGCCGGGUGGAGGGAACCCGGUGAACGACGGAGAAAGUUUGAUUUCGACGUGGUGCCGGAGGAAGGCAGAGGUUCAGGGCAGCGAGGAAGAGGUUCAGAUGGUGCACACGGGGAUGAUAGGGAUGGCCUUCCUGAAUGGUGUAUGGAGGAUGAGGAUGAUGAGAUGGGAACCUUCGACUCCUCUGGGGCCUUCUUAUCUUUCAAGAAAAGCCCCAAGGAGACCAUUGUGGAGGAGCAGGAACUGGAGUUCCUGGGGGUGGAGGAAGAUUAUGAGGAGGAGAAGGGGGACAACAGCACAGGAGACAAGCUUAAUGGUGAAGACUCAUUGGCCCUCUCUGAAGAAAUCCUCCUGGAGCCUUCCUCUACCUCUCCUGACUCUGCCAAUUCCAUGUGGGCAUCGGGAAUGUUCGGUGAGAUGGAGAGCGAGCGAUGCCCCGAGAUGUCCUCCUCCACCCCGGAAGCAGACGGUGCGAUUUCCAGCGAGCAGACUCCGCUCCCAGCCGAUGACGGUGGAGACCCCGGACCCUUUAUUCCUUCCCCCCUGUCCUCUCUGCCGCCUCCUUCCUCUAGUCCCCCCCAUGCUGCUACUGAAUUCUCUGUGGGGGAUCCGGAGGAGGACGAAGGCAUGAAGCAUCUCCAGCAGGAAGCGGAGAAGUUGGUGGCUUCUCUGCAGGAUUCUUCCCUGGAGGAAGAUGGCUUCUCUUCCCGCUCUCACAGUGCUGCUGCUCUGCCCCUCGGCCACGAGGCUGCCAUGAAAUGGUUCUACAAGGACCCUCAGGGGGAGAUCCAAGGUCCAUUCAGUACACAGGAAAUGGCUGAAUGGUGCCAGGCUGGGUACUUUACCAUGUCACUGUUAGUGAAGAGAGGAUGUGACGAAGGCUUCCAGCCCCUGGGUGAAGUCAUCAAGAUGUGGGGACGGGUCCCCUUUGCUCCUGGGCCCUCCCCACCACCCUUACUGCACAAUCACCCGAAAGGAUUUCGACUUCCUCAGGGUAACAUUGAUCAGCAGUGCCUGAAGAAACAGCAGGAGCUCGCCCUCUACCAACAGCUGCAACAUCAGUAUAUACUGCAAGUGCUUGGCAGACAGUCGUCGUACUCCCAGCAGAAAUCCGGAGAUCUGACUCCACAGCAGCAGCAGCAACUGACACUGUUCCUCCAGCAACUGAACCCUUCUAAGUCCAGAGGUUCCGAUGCUUCCCUCCUUCCUUCUAUGAACAGAUCUCUCUCUGUGCCAGACACUGGAUCCUUAUGGGAUCUGAAUACCUCAAACACAUCGACUGCAGGUGCGGACUCCAAUCUGUGGGACCUGCCAGUCACAUCUGUAUCUCAGGGGCCAAUAUUGGAGCAGCUGCAACUGCAACAGAAGUUGCAGGAGCGCAGAGACGCAGAACUCAGGGCUAAGCGUGAGGAGGACGAUAGGAAGAGGAGAGAUGAAAAAAGGAGACAAGAAGAACAGAAGAGGAGAGACCAGGAGGAGGAGAUGUACAGAAGGAAGCAGCUCCAGAUAGAACAGAGGCUAGGGGACAAGCUGCACAUGCUCAGUUUGUCCCGCCAGCAACAGGAGUUGCUUCUGAAACUCAUCCAGCAGAGUGGACAGCAAAGUCAAUCUCAAGUGUGGGCCGCUCAUAGCAAAGGGCUCUCUUUGAAAGCCAUGUUGGAGAUGCAGGAGAGAGAGGGGCAGCUUCUAAAGCAGAGAGGACAGACGUCUCGCAAUGUGCAUGGAGGUCUGGGAAUGUCGUCUAGUUCCUCCAUCAUUCCUUCCCAAUGGGGGUCUGACUCGGGCUCUCUAUGGGGAGGUCUGGAGAAGAGCCCUUGGGAGGAGAGUGUGAAAAGUGGGGCAAGUGCCAGAGGUCUGAGGAACAGCCGGAGUAGCCCAUCACUGACUGACGCGUAUGCAGCCAGCGCCGCCCGCCGCAAGAAGACGGAAGAGGAAGAAAAGCUCUUAAAACUCCUUCAGGGAAUCAAACCGUCGGACGGCUUCACUCAGUGGUGUGAGCAAAUGCUACAUAUGAUCAAUACAUCCAACAAUUUGGACGUUCCUACGCUGGUGGCCUUUUUGAAGGAGCUGGAGUCUCCUUACGAUGUUCACGACUACAUCCGCUCCUGUCUUGGGGAAACGCUUGAAGCCAAAGAAUUUGCUAAACAGUUUUUAGAACGAAGAGCGAAGUACAAAGCCAGCCAGCGGCAGCAGCAGGAAGCUGCCUGGAUGGCUCCUACCAUGUUUCCAGCAACCCAAAAUUCCAAGCCAGGCAGUGGAUACGACGUACAGAGCAGCAAGAUGAAGAGGCGGAUUCAAAUGUUACACUCGGAUCCCAGCAUUCUGGGUUACUCUCUUCACGGCUCCCCAAACGAGAUGGAGGCUAUAGAUGACUACUGAGGCGUGUCUCUUCCCUCUGACGCCAUCUUUUUUUCUUCACCCGCCGCAUUUGAUUGCGGUUUUACUGCACUGCAAACUUUAUGCCUCCCCCUUUUUUAGUGAGGGGGGAGGGCAGAGACUGGGAGAGGAGGGGGUGGAUCUUACCCCAGCCAGAGCCAGGGAGAAAGGGGGGAGCAACGCCCUGUUCCCUUCCCCCACUCCCCUCAAAAAACAAAACAUAAAAAAACAUAAUGCACUCAUUUUAAAGCACCUUAAACAAUGCACUUUACAGAAACUGAUCAAAAAUCUGAAUUCCUUGUUUU